AUGGAUCCAUCCGCGCGACGGGAUCCGGAGAGCGCGCUGCCGGAGCCUGCGCCUGCUGGGCUUCGCCCGCGUGUCCCUGCGCACCCCUCCGCAAGCGAGCCCGUCCGCCACUUCGAGCGGGUGGCAACUCUUCCCCAUCGGCCUGCUGCGCGCCCCACCUCGCCGGAGUAUUCGUGGGCCCCUGCGCGCGUUGCGCCAGCGCUCACCUCGAGCGCGAUCCCCCGCACAACGCUCUCCGCGGCGAUCUCCGGCGACGCGGGGGAGGGGUCACCUGGGCGUCGCUGGGAUACGGGUCGUCGCGAGCAGUCCCCUCCGCGUCCGCAUUCGGCCGGUUCCGGAGGCCAACGGGGCCGGCAGAAUGGUGGUGGGCGUGGCGAAAACGGUCGCGGGCAGGAUCCUGCCCUUGAUCAAGCCACGAGUGCGUUUGCGGAGGUUGUGCGUCAGGCGCGGGCGAGAGGGGAGCCGACUCACGUACACAUUGAGGUGACCAACGGCCCUCCCUUCGCUGCGGACCCUGGCCAGGUGGCUCCUAUGCGUGCGGCGACGUUGCGCGAAUAUCAGCCCGCGCGGGAGGUGCGGGCUCAUUUCCGCACCCCUCGCCAAGUCCCCGGCUUCUCCGCGCAGCGCUUCUCUGUUGGCCGGACUCCUGGCUGGUCGGCGGCGUUUCCUCGCGAAGCGCCGACUGCACAUCCCCCCAGUCACGCAGGGAGAGACCCCAUGCUGACCAUGUGCAGGAUUCUGAAUGUGGCGGAGGCGUGCGAGGCGGUGGCGAACUUGCAGCUGGCGGUGUGUGCGGCCACGCGGGACUUUCCGAACAGUUACGGUCCAGGAUCCCGAGGAUCCUGCGUGAUUUUGGCAGAAUCGCUCGAGUCGCCGUUGGCACCCGUGUCGGAUGCGCCCGCCGGGGUAGCACCCUUAGCGCAUACUUUCCCCCGCCACGUGGGGGAUCUUGUAGAGGCAACUCGAGUUGGGACCCCCGUGGGCACUCUUCAGUCGUCGGCGCAUCUCCUUCUUGCAAUGUCGGCAUGCAUGCGCUCGAUGUUGGAGAUGGAGGGGGCGGAGCCGUACACGAUGUAG